AUGGACAGCGCAGUAAGCCCCAGCACCAGUUCUGGAAUCCCAGAGCUGCCUGCCUUGUCAGCGCGCAUCCAAAAUGCUGCUGACAUCUCUGUCGUUGUCAUCUAUUUCAUAGUGGUGAUGGCUGUCGGGCUGUGGGCAAUGCUGAAGACCAACCGAGAUACUGUCAGAGGCUUCUUCCUGGCUGGUCGAGACAUAGCCUGGUGGCCUAUGGGAGCCUCUCUCUUCGCCAGUAACAUCGGCAGUGGCCAUUUUGUGGGUCUGGCUGGGACUGGGGCAGCUUCUGGGAUUGCUGUGGCAGCCUUUGAAUCUCAUUCUUUGCUGCUGUUGCUGGUUCUAGGAUGGUUCUUUGUCCCUAUCUACAUCAAAGCAGGGGUGAUGACCAUGCCAGAAUAUCUCAAGAAGAGGUUUGGCGGGAAACGACUCCAGAUCUACCUAUCCAUUCUCUCUCUCUUUGCCUGUGUGGCUUUGAAAAUCUCAGCAGACAUAUUCUCUGGUGCAAUAUUCAUAAAGCUGGCUUUGGGAUUGGACCUUUACCUAGCCAUCUUCAUCCUUCUGGCUAUCACUGCUGUUUAUACCAUCACAGGGGGCUUGGCCUCAGUGAUUUACACAGACACACUCCAGGCCUUCAUCAUGCUGACUGGAUCUUUUAUCCUCAUGGUAUUUGCAUUCAUUGAAGUUGGAGGCUAUGAGAGCUUUGCAGAGAAGUACAUGAAUGCCAUCCCAUCAGUAGUUGCGGGGGACAACCUGACAAUCAGCCCCAGGUGCUACACUCCACAGGAGGACUCCUUCCACAUUUUCCGGGAUGCUACCACUGGAGAUAUCCCAUGGCCAGGAACUGUAUUUGGGAUGGUCAUUACAGCUGUAUGGUACUGGUGCACAGACCAGGUCAUUGUACAGCGCUGCUUGUGUGGCAAGAACAUGUCCCACGUGAAGGCUGCCUGUAUCCUGUGCGGCUACCUGAAGCUGCUGCCCAUGUUCCUCAUGGUGAUGCCAGGAAUGAUCAGCCGCAUUCUCUACACAGAUAUGGUGGCUUGUGUCGUGCCUUCUGAAUGUGUGAAACACUGCGGUGUGGAUGUUGGCUGCACUAACUAUGCAUACCCAACACUGGUGCUGGAACUCAUGCCAGCUGGGCUGCGAGGCCUGAUGUUGUCAGUCAUGUUGGCCUCUCUCAUGAGCUCCCUGACCUCCAUCUUCAACAGUGCCAGCACCCUCUUCACCAUAGACCUCUACACCAAGGUGCGGAAGAAGGCAUCCGAGAGAGAGCUCCUGAUAGCUGGACGGGUAUUUGUCAUUGUAUUAAUUGUCACCAGCAUCCUCUGGGUCCCCUUAGUAGAGGUCUCUCAAGGUGGGCAGCUGAUCCAUUACACAGAAGCAAUUUCUAGCUACCUCGGACCUCCCAUUGCAGCUGUCUUUCUGCUUGCCAUCUUCUGCAAAAGAGUCAAUGAACAGGGAGCAUUCUGGGGUCUAAUGGUCGGACUUGCCAUGGGCCUGAUUCGCAUGAUUGCAGAAUUCUCCUAUGGAACGGGGACUUGCUUGGCUGCCAGUAACUGCCCCAAGAUUAUCUGUGGAGUGCACUACCUGUACUUUGCCAUCAUUAUCUUUUCUGUGUCCGUGCUAGUCAUCUUGGGAGUCUCUCUCCUAACAAAACCCAUCCCCGAUGUACAUUUGUAUCGCCUGUGCUGGACUCUUCGGAACAGUACAGAGGAACGAAUCGAUUGGGACACUGAAGAGAAAAAGGAGGAAGAAGCUGCUGAUGGUAUUGAGGAAGACCCUCCUGAGGAACCAAGUGGAUGUCUCAAGAGAGGCUACAACUUAUUCUGUGGCUUGCGGAAGACAGGGCCCAAGCUGGCCAGAGAAGAGGAAGAAGCCCUGAGGAAGAAGCUCACAGACACGUCAGAGCAGCCAGUGUGGAGGAGCGUGGCGAACGCCAACGCCAUCUUCGCCUUGGCCGUGGCAGCGUUUUACUACGGUUACUUUGCCUGA